AUGGUUUUCCGGUCACCCUUAGAGAUUUACCCUUCCCACUUUUUCCUCCCCAGUCUUGCGGAGCGACCCCUGCUCUUCGCCGGUAACCACCCCAGAGCGCGCUCCCCGGAGGAUUUGCCAAUGUUCCAGCUGCCGAGCUUAAACUUUUCGGCCGAACAAGUGGCCAGCGUCUGUGAUACCCUGGAGGAAACGGGUGACAUCGAGAGACUUGGCCGGUUUUUGUGGUCACUGCCAGUGGCACCGGGUGUAUGCGAUGCAAUUAACAAGCACGAGUCCAUUCAACGAGCCCGCGCUGUCGUCGCCUAUCAUACUGGGAGUUUUCGUGAGAUGUACCACAUACUGGAGAACUACAAGUUCACCAAAGACUCUCACGGCAAACUGCAGGCGAUGUGGCUGGACGCGCACUACCAGGAGGCCGAGAAGCUUCGCGGGAGGCCUCUCGGGCCUGUCGACAAGUACCGAGUGCGGAAGAAGUUCCCUCUACCGCGGACCAUUUGGGAUGGAGAGCAGAAGACGCAUUGUUUCAAGGAACGCACGCGGGGACUUUUACGCGAAUGGUACCUUCAGGACCCCUACCCAAACCCCAGCAAGAAAAGGGAACUUGCACAAGCCACCGGACUCACGCCCACCCAGGUCGGCAAUUGGUUCAAGAACCGACGGCAAAGGGACAGAGCUGCUGCCGCCAAAAAUAGGCUUCAACACCACGGCCUGGGACAGGGUAGCCUACGGUCUCUCUCUGAAGCCGGCUGCACCCCUCACAGCGCGGCCGAGUCCCCAACAGCCAGCGUGUCCAGCCUGAUGGAACGCGCAGAGGCCGGAACCAUUCUUUCAGUUACGGACAGUGAUUCUGACUUCGAUGUUUAGUAACAUGACGCACCUCCCAUGAACUUGGACAAUUUGAAAUAUUGAAGUGCAAGGAUGGGACCGGUCGUUACUGAAGUAGUUCUCGACAGAAAAAAAGACUUACUAGCAUGUUGAUAAGCGCUGCAGACAGGUGCUGUAUCUUCUCACUUGGUAGAGACUGCAUGAUAUGGUUCAAUGUUAAUUUUAAAAUCAGUUUGUUUGGCUUUGUUGACAUGAACAAACUGAUGGAAAUUCUUGACCGAAAAAAACACUCCAUGCUUUUCACAAAGCUGCCAACUCUUUGUUUGUCCAAUGUUGGUGUCAGCGGAAGGACCACUCAUAUUUGGCUAAGUUAUUAUAUUCAGACAAUCGUUGAAGUCGAAAGCACCUUUCCCGUCACCUUCGGCUGCAGGAAGGUUCUUCGUUUGACUAU